GGUUCCUGCUCAUUUUGGAGUUUCGGGCGUUGUCGUUUUGUGUGUGUGUGUUUUUGGUUUCCUGCCCCUUUUCCCUUUUUCUUUUUGCUUUUAUUAUUAUUCUCGCUUUCCCGGCGUCAGUUCACACACACCUCCCAUGUUCCUGCGCUGAUACCUAUCGAUGAUCUACACCUACCCCUUAACCGCCUUUCCCCAAUCACCAUCCACCCGCCGACAUUUUUCCCCUCCGGUUUAUCUAUCAUCCUAGUUAUUAGCCCUCUUGUCUAA